AUGAUCGCGGAGGGGCUGGCGGAUAGAUUCGCGGAGCGAGGCAUUAGGCUGAUCGUGAACCUGGAGGUACAGAUGGGUGCAUAUGGAGGUACAGAGCGGUGCUUGGGGGGGGACGCGAUGAUUGCGGAGGGGAUGGCGGAUAGAUUCGCGGAACGAGUCAUUAGGCUGAUCGUGAACCUGGAGGAACCAGGGGAGCAUCCGUGGUGCGGGUCAGGGAUCACAGCAUCAGGCUUUUCCUACACGCCUGACAAAUUCAUCAAGGCUGGAGUGGGUUACCUGCAUGCACCAUGGAAGGACAUGGCAUGUCCGCCCUUCCCAACCAUGCUCUCCAUCGUGCAGAGCAUCUCCCUCGCCAUUGGCCGCCGCCACAAGGUGGCUGUUCACUGCCAUGCAGGCCUAGGGAGGACGGGCCUUGUCAUUGCAUGCUACUUGGUUGCAGCCAACUCGCUAUCAGCUGCUGAUGCUGUGGCUGUUGUGAGAGCAAUGAGGCCUGGGUCUCUACAAACCAGGAAGCAGGAAGUCUACGUGGCUGAGUUCCAGGAAUCCUACGUGGCUGAGUCCAGCUCCGCUCUGAUUGGAGGAAGGAGCCAGCUGGCAGGGGCGUGGGCGACUAUUGCCGUCAUAUCCGGAUGUUCAUCUGUUAAAGCCACUGCCACUGCCAAACCCUCCGCUGCUGCUAAGCCCACUGCCGCCACCAAACCCUCUGCCACCGUUAAAGCCACUGCUACCGCCACCAAACCCUCCUCCUCCUCGCGUCCGUUCAUGUCUUGGAAGCUCUCCUGUCUCUCUGGUCCUCUGGCGGGAGGCAGAGGAGGAAGCGGAGGGGGAGGAGGGGGGGGAGGAGGGAAAGGAGGAGGAGGCGGGCAAGGAGGAGUGGAAGAGGUGACUCUGUUCCUGUUCGGGGCGGCGUUUGAUGUGUACUGCAAGCAGGAGAUGGGGACGGUGGUGGCAGUGCUAGGAGCCGAAGCCAACCCACCAAAAGGGAACCUUCCGCCGUCUCUCCGCGUGUUCCGAGCCAAUCAAAUCCUGCCAGUUGGCACUGCGAGAGACUUUGGCAUAUGCAAGGGGGUGAUGGAGGGCAACGAACCUUGCAAUUCCGUGAUCAACAAAACCCUUGCAGAGUACUGCGACCGGCACAUUGCAGCAGCGUAUCAGAAGAUGAAGCCUACCCGCCUCGAGCUUGACGGAGG